AUGAAAGAUAAGCUUUCGAGGUUACUCAUAGUUUUCCCCCUCCUACUUGUUUCAAAUUCUGCUUUUUGUGAUGAUCGGUAUUUAACUAUUGAAGCCGAAGUUCCUCCACAACAAAAAACAUCCCUCUACUAUCUUGUGAUCACCUUGUUCGUCAUUUCUGUGAUCGCAUGUACUCUCUUAACUGGAGCCUUUUUGGUACUUUUGAUAUUGUUGUGGGGACAGUUCAAAUCAAUAAAAUAUUACUGGUUUCUGUCGCAAUUAACUGUUUCUGUGUUUUUUCUUUCUUCUCUCAACUUAGUCAUCAAUGUUCCAGCUACUUUAUUCUCUCUUCUUACACCGGAUUUCGUGACUUCUGAUAUCUACAUAAUUCUCUCCUAUACAGCAGACUAUAUGCAUUAUUCAAUUUUAAUAUCAAAUCUUGUCAUUGCUAUUCAACGGUUUUCUGUGUUCCUCUUCCGGAAUUAUUCGUCUACAUUAUUCGAUUCACACUUCGUCUAUAUUUGGUUAGUCAUAGUAUGGCUGGCUCCUGGUGCAAUUAUAUUUUUUAUGGCCUACAACAACUGUAGAUACGUAUUUUUAAAAGCGAAAAAGGACAACUUUGUUCUGAAAUGUGAGACGGCUGGAAGUGUUGUUGAUCUCCCUCAACCCGAAUGGAUUCGAUUUAUGGAACUAGCGCUUCAAUUCGGUAUUCCUGUGCUCAUUUUCUGUAUGUAUGUUGCUGUGGUUUUCAAAAUAUGUUCAAUGAAAAAGUCCGCAUUGAAUAAACAAGAAACAAGGGUUCUAGUUCAAGCUAUCAUCAUUUUUCUCCUUUUUCAGGCAUCUUCUACCGUAUUCCUAUUCUGUCAGACACUAUCCUUCAAUGCCGCAACUGCUUUUAUUAUCAAAAAGUCCAUUAAUACGUUAGAAAUAUUCGCUGGAGCAGCUACGCCAUGCUUCUCAUUUUUUGCUUCUGAAAAAAUACGGAAAAUGCUUUCGUCGAAAGUACCAGCUAUCAGUUCACAAGGGAGUACGAACUCGGCGGCUCGAAAACCGACACUAGUGGAAGUCGAAAAUUGA